AUGGUGAUCAACAACAACAACAGCAACGACGGAAGCGGCCGGACAAAAGCGACCGCCGCUACCACCGAUGCCGCCGCAUUCGGCCGCAGUUGGCACUGCUGCGAGCGGCAACGACGCCGUCGACGACGACUGGUGCCCGUGCCGGCAGCAGCGGUGAUGACGGUGCUAAAUCCAGUUUCUACCGGAGCAGCGGCACUGCUGGUCUGGCUUGCGGUGCUGGCCGUGUUUGUGAACGGAAGCACAGACUCACGGAACGAGCAGGAACCGAAGCCGAGUUUCGCAGGGCCAAUAGAAAACGUAACAGUUCCUAUCGGUAGAGAAGCGACGUUAAGUUGUGCUGUACAAAAUUUAGGUGCCUAUAAGGUUGGAUGGAUGCGUGCUUCCGAUCAGACCGUGCUAGCCCUACAGGGCCGGGUUGUGACACACAAUUCACGCUACAGCGUGACCCAGGAGGAGUCGAACGUAUGGCGGCUGAAAAUCCGAAACGUACGCGAAUCGGACCGCGGCUGCUACAUGUGCCAGAUCAAUGCGGCCCCGCUGCAGAAACAAGUCGGCUGCGUCGAUGUUCAGCUGCCGCCGGACAUUUCGGACGAGCAGUCCUCGUCGGAUACCACCAUCCGGGAGGGUGGAAAUGUGACAUUCUUCUGCAAAGCCACCGGCCAUCCGACGCCGAAGGUUACCUGGCGUCGAAACGAUGGCAGUCCACUCUAUCUGCAUCGGAACGGAACCGACGUGCGGAAAGUUGAUACGCACGUCGGGAACCUGCUGAACCUUUCGAACGUGGACCGAAGACAAAUGGGUGCUUACUUGUGCAUUGCGUCAAACGAAGUGCCACCAGCCGUCAGCAAACGAGUCUAUCUGAACGUGCACUUCGCACCGAACGUAACAACGGACAAAACGCUCCUGGGGGUGUUCGAAGAGUCGGACAUCGAACUGGAGUGUGCCAUCGAGUCUUCGCCCCGCUCGGUGAACUACUGGACCAAGGUUUCGCCGGCGGGUGGUCUGGCCAAUGCUCCGGAAGGAUCGCGAAGCAGCAUGCUGUUGGGUGCUGCCGCUGCCGGUGGCAGUUCCGGGGCGGCUCCGCUGCACCGGCAGGAGGUAAUGCAAAACGGCGAUCGGUACGAAAUUCGGGAACAGUACAGUUCGCACUAUUCCGGCCGCAUGACUCUGCGGAUUCGCCGGUUCGGUGCCAGCGACGCCGGCAGCUACAUGUGCAUAUCAUCGAACGCCUUCGGCAAGGCGAACCGAACCAUUAGGGUUUAUGAAAUCAAGCGGCCAACUACGACCACAACAACCACAACGACAACGACAACCACAACAACAACUACCACAACCACAACGACGGAGCAACCAACGACCGUUCCGAUGCGGAGAACAACUCUAAUGGCACAAAGAUUCCCGGAGGCGACACCGCACGGUCACAAUCCGGCGGACUUUAUCUUCGAGUACAUCACGAAUCCGCCGGCCUACGUGGAGUACGGUGCCAACGGGGAAACGUACAUCAACUAUCCCCAGCUGACGGCCUACAGUAAAUCGUCGCCAUCCAAUCAUGGCGGAGAUCAUGGCGGUCCUGGUGGCGGCGGCGGCGGCGGUCACCCGGGUCACCACGAUGGCGAUGUGUCCUCGUCCCGGUCGCUGCUGAUACCGACCGGGGAGCAGCGGCUGAUGACGAUGCUGGCCCUGUCGGCUCUGUCUUGUGUGUCGUUUUUUCGCUUCUUUCAGAUCUAUCUGCCCUGGGUAACGUUUUUUCUGCUGCUUCUGCUGAUCGGAAGAAAACCGAAGGAAAAGAGCUUUUCGCAGCUGGGGUUGGCCGGCGGUGAAACGAGCGGCCGUUGGGUGUAG